AUGCCCGAGGAUUCCGUGCAGGUGCAAGGCCUUGACUUCAACAAGCUACAACAAGAUGCAGCGAGGCGUGGCUAUGGCAUCACAGUGGAUGAGUUGCUUGCGUCAAUGACCACAACAGGCUUUCAGGCCACCUCAGUCGGUAGAGCAGCUGAAGUCAUCGAACAAAUGCUUGCCUGGCGAUCCCCUGAGCCAACGGAACAGGAUGCACGGACAACUGUAUUCCUCGGCUACACCUCGAACCUUAUAUCGAGCGGAGUGAGAGAAUCAAUACGCUUCUUGGUUGAGCACAAGCAUGUAUCAUGCCUGGUGACCACGGCUGGCGGCAUUGAAGAGGACCUCAUCAAGUGCCUCGGGCCCACCUAUCUCGGAGCAUUCAAUCUGGAUGGCAAAUCUCUCCGAUCCAAGGGGUUAAAUCGGAUAGGGAAUUUGCUCGUCCCAAACGACAACUACUGCAAGUUUGAGGACUGGGUGUUGCCUGUGUUGGACGAGAUGCUCAAGGAACAAAAGGAGGAACAGGUCAUAUGGACACCCUCUUCCAUGAUACAUCGACUGGGUAAGGUCAUCAAUGAUCCUUCGAGCGUACUGUACUGGGCGUAUAAGAACGACAUUCCCGUCUUUUGCCCUGCGCUGACGGACGGGUCGCUCGGCGAUAUGAUUUACUUUCACUCGUUCAAAAACCCCGGUCUCAUUGUCGAUAUUGCUUCGGACAUCCGCAAGAUCAACACCAUUGCUGUGCGUGCAAAACAAACAGGCAUGAUCAUACUAGGUGGUGGUGUCGUCAAGCACCACAUUUCCAAUGCGAACCUCAUGCGGAACGGGGCUGACUAUGCUGUGUAUAUCAACACUGGCCAGGAGUUUGACGGCAGUGAUUCUGGUGCAAGACCGGACGAGAGUAUCAGCUGGGGGAAACUGCGGGGUGAUGCAGAGGCUGUCAAGGUGUAUGGCGAUGCGUCCAUUGUGUUUCCGCUGCUCGUUGCUGGGACAUUCGCGAGGUUGCCGUAG